CGUUGCGGCGAGGUUCUGCAGUGUUUCCACAACUGAGCCCCCACCCAUGUCCGGAGCAGACAAGCCAAAAUUCCUUCCCCAACUCAACUAAUCUCAGUCGACAGUUUAUCUGUGAUGUGCUCGCGGCCCGUUUUCAACAGAAACCCGACUCCAUUCGGCUAGAUCGGCGUCCCUCCUUCGAAAGCGAUGGAGGACGAAGUGGCCUCGUUCAAAAAGGAGCUGAACGCCCUGAAAGAGAUCGCCCUCGACCAAAAGCUCCACUUCGAACGAUGCUGCCACGAAUCCGACAAGCGGAUGGUCGAAGCGUUCCUCGUCAUCCUGGAGAAUCUCGAGCCGAUGGAAAUGCUCUUCGAAUACCUGGCGAGCAAGGCGGCCCUCUACGACUGGGACGAGGACGUGCCCGGCAACGGGUACAGGACGAUGCUCAAACUGGCCAUCCUCGUCGUGAAAGGGGCCAAAAACCUCUCCCAUGAAAUACAGGCAGUGAGGACGUCCAUGUUCUUCAGAAGAGAAUCGUACUUGAGCAAGAUCACAUCGUACUCCCAGGGCUUGAAAACAAUACGGGUUUUGCUCAAGUUGUGCGAAAACCUCAUCUCUUGGUCCGCCCAUGAUAGUCUUUUCUCACACGAAAGUAGUGCUAUGGAGCUUAUUAAAACAACUGAUGACCCAGUGAACCAAUACCCAUUCUACAGUCAUCUUCUCGGCUUCCAAUUCUGUGAUUCCAUUUGUACAAUAUUCAAAGCCCUGAGCAUCUUAAUGGCGUCAUUCAGUGAAAUGUAUUAUGGAAAUGGGAUUACCGAUAUUUUCAAAACUGGGAAAUAUCUCUUAGACCCUGAUGUUAGGUCUAAACGUAUUGUUAACAUCUCGCAAUAUGCCUCAGCCUUGUUUUGUAAACACUUCUGGUACCUCGGGGAAAUGGAAAUGUAUCAAUUCUUUGCAGAAUUGAUGGUCAGAUUUCCAAGCCUGAUCGCGACCAAUUUGGCAAUAAACGAGGAAAUAGUUCUAGAGCCGAACCCACUUCAAAUACAAAAUUUGAACGGUGAUAUAAUAGAUGUUCCAGUCCCGACGUCGCACAUCGGAUGCAAAAAUUUACAUUUAAGGUUACUCUCAGCGUCGAAAAGAUUCGGACCUGUUAGUCACGUCGGUUCUUCCUGGUACUCUGGGAGCAAGUUUCCUUCUCGAGAUUUAAUUUUCCACUGUCAUGGAGGCGGUUUUAUAUCCCAGAGUCCGAGAAGCCAUGAAACCUAUUUACGUCAAUGGGCUUUAGAAAUUGAUUGCCCGAUCGUCUCCCUUGAUUAUUCUUUGGCUCCCGAGUCGCCUUUUCCAAGAGCGGUUCAAGAAGCGUUUUUCGCUUAUUGCUGGAUGCUGCAAAAUUUGUCACUUCUCGGAUCAACCGGAGAAAGGAUUGUACUCGCAGGCGAUUCCGCCGGAGCGAACAUCAAUUUCAGCCUGCUUCAACAGUGCAGGGAAUACGGCAUAAGACCACCCGACGGUGCUUUCUUCGCCUAUGUACCAGUAUUAAUCGAGUUUAUUCCAUCCCCUUCACGCCUUCUCAGCUUGAUCGACCCACUUCUUCCAAUUGGAUUUUUAAUCGGUUGUAUAAAGGCAUAUGCCUGCUCGCCGGAAGUUUUUCAGAAGUCUUUGGAAAAUGAAUACAAACUUCGCCCAAACAAAGAAAACACAAUAUAUAAAACAAAUGAAGAAUGUCCUAUGAACUGCAAUGGAAACGAAGAUGUGCCAAUAAUCUUGACCAAUGAAAAGGAAAAAGAUUCUGGGAUAUGGUCUCGUCUUUGUGCUACGGUUUCAUCUACGUUCAGCGUGUUUUCUACACAAAAUGAUGAUAAAUCUUUAGAAGAGUUGCUCGCUGAGUUGAAGAAAGAAGAAUUUAUGCCUUGCUUUGAAGAUCAGAUGAAGUUUGACGUACCACAGGACCCACUGUUGUCCCCACUUUUAGCGAAUGAAGACGUUUUGAAAGAUUUCCCUCCGAUUGCUUUAUUGACCACAGACAUGGAUCCAUUUCUCGACGAUUGUGUUGAAUUUGCGAAGAAACUUAAAAAGUGCGGUAACAAAGUCCAGCUGGAUAUACUUCCAGGACUGUCACACGGUUUCCUCAACUUUGCUAUGGUGAGCAAAGAAGCGAGUGAAGGUUCAAAAAGGUGUGCAUCAAUAAUUAAAGAUCUUUUACAAGCUGAAUUGUGCAGUGGAGAAGAGUGCACGGAUUAAUAACACGUAUUACCAUCUGUGAUGUUCCCAGAUCUGGCAGUAAUCAGUUGUUUAUAUUCAAAAUGCCCUAGUCACAUUAAAGUUGUAAUUUAAUU